CGCUGCAGCCCAGGAAAAGAGAGACGCUUGCGUUUCUUCUCACUAAAUACUGCACAAACAUCACGAGCGAGAGAAGAUCCAUUUUAUCUCUGGAGCCUCUGAGCAAAGUUGCAGUAGAAUGUAUGUGCUGUGUGGUCAUACUUGUAAAUCCUGUGAGCCGGAACUUCUUUGUUGGCAAACAACCAUGCAUCUGCACUCUUUCAAAGCACUAUCUCGCUGCUGAGAAACUCACCUCGGAAAGAUAUGAAAUCUGGCAAAGGGCCAGUAUGUGAGCUGAAGUCAAUGAGGAACUGGGCAACCCUUUGUGUGUUUUUGGCGGUGGCGCUCCUUUUGUAUCAUGACCCGUCUCUACUACUCUGGUGGCCUCAGAAACCUGCCGAGAAAACUAAGACUGCUGGUUUACCUCUGGACAUGGCGACAGAUUGCAUCGAUGACAUGUACGAUGGUUGCAAGUCUGAAGCAGCCUCUGUGAUCGACAUGUUCGGCGUGUCUGAGUGGCACUUCAACCGAAACUUCAGCAUUGCCUGGGCUUCAGCUGAAGGUGGUGCAAAGAAACCUGUGCACCAGCACCUGAAAGAAGAGCAUGCUACAGUCAUCUACAUGUACACAAAGGUGAAGAACAUCCAACAAGACUUCGACCAAGCAGUGAAAACAGGGAAACGCAACUACAGCACAUACAGAUUUAAGUUCCACUAUUUCUACUUCCACCUGACUGAUGCCAUUCAAGUUCUGCGUCACAAGCAAACAUCGUGCGGAACCACCUUUCACAGGACAUGGAAACACUUUGACCGCAACUUAAUCAACACAAACAUGCGUUUUGGUGCUUUCACCUGGGUGGCUUCAAGCAAGCGGUCGUUUGAUUUUAAUGGCAAUGUGUCUUGUUUUGAGAUCUACUCAUGCUUUGGUGCCGAUAUAACGUAUUACUCUGCAACAAAACAAAUGGGACAGGUGCUGAUUCCUCCCUAUGAGGUCUUCAAAAUCACUGAUGUCCUGACAAACGACCCAUGGUGCAGUGUGGUUUACAAGCUACAGAGCACCAAAGUACCAAGGAGAGAUUUAAAUUGCAAAUUGAAUCAAAGGCAAAUAAACACAUAUUUUGGAGCUUUUUUAACACACUGGCAUGCAAGCGGUGUUGUGAUGAUGUCAGUAUGCUUACUGCUGUUGGUCAUCAUUUCUUUGGUCCUUGUGAAACGCAGGCAGAAGCGUUUUGUGGCUGCAGUGCUUGGAGCUCUGCUGGUGCUGAUGGUAAUUCUGGGGAUAUACAGAGUUAGCCAUUAUUAAAGAGGGGUGCUGUUGUGGACACUUUGUUAUUGAGAGAAUUCUUAAUAUGUUUUUAAAAAGUUAGGAGGAAAUAAAAAUCUUCCCUUCAUUAGCUCAGUUGGCAGAGGCCACACUGUUCACAAUAAACAGCUCACUCGUUGAUUAUGAGGUAAGUUCUUGUUUACACCCAAAACAAAAAGUAUGUUUACCUUAUUAUUGAUAUGCAUCUAAGAAAAGAGGUCAAAGAAUUGUGUAUAAAUUACUUUAAAAAAAAAAAAUUGGUUUCACAUUUUGGGAAAGCAAUUUGUAGGGUUAUAUAAAUAUAGAGGAAAAAAAAAAGACAAAAGUAAGGAAAAGAUAGUAAGAAAAGAGUAAGAACAAAUGGGGAAUGAAAGGAGGAGAUUUGAAAUAAGCCAAAACUCAGAAACUACUUUCAAAUCUAGAUUACAACACAAAACCUUAUAUCAUCUACAGAGAGGGCAGAGAUCCUUCCGUGCUUAGUUAAGAACAGGUACCUUGAUGCUGGCAAUUAAGGUACAGGCAGACACAAAGGUCUUCCUGAAGAUCAGCAUUUAUGUGUUUUUGUGAUCAUGGGGAUUUUAAAGAUAACUUAUUUUUUUGUUGAAUUGCUUCAUGUACAGUGACUUGUGGAAUAUUUUUUUUGAAAAAAAAAAAUAAUCACUCGAGGAACUAAUUUGCAUUGGUUGCCUGAAUGAGCCCAAUAUGUUGAGUUGGCUCUUUUUAUUUUUGUGAAAGAUAAACAGAGCAGUUUUGAUGAACACAUCGCACAGUAUAGACUCUCUACAUGUAUUUGUAUGCUUUAUUGUUUAUCCUGUGUCUUCAUGUCUCGCGAUGCCUGUGUAAUAUAUAGUCCUGCUGUCCCUUCACCAUGUGUAGCCUACUGCUAUACAUGCACUACAAAUAAAGAAAGUGUUUCAACAAUGGUCAUUUUACAGUUACUGACAUGGAAUUUAAACACUCUCAAAGCUGGGUAACAUUGGAGAAACCAGCAAAAGU